AUGGAGAACGGACUCGUUGAUUAUUCCCCCCACCAUCCUGCGGAGGUAAAGAAACUUGACUCUGCCUCCAACGUGAUCCUCAUCGACAACUACGACUCAUUCACUUGGAACGUAUACCAAUACCUGGCUCUGGAGGGCGCUACAGUCACCGUCUUUCGCAAUGACCAAAUUACUCUGGACGAAUUGAUCGCAAAGAAACCGACCCAGCUCGUUGUAAGCCCUGGUCCUGGACACCCUGAGACCGACUCAGGUGUUAGUAGAGAUGCCAUCAAAUACUUCAGUGGGAAAAUUCCGGUCUUUGGUGUUUGUAUGGGGCAUCAAUGCAUAAUUUCCGUUUUCGGUGGCAAAGUGGAUGUAACUGGCGAGAUCUUGCAUGGCAAAACUUCGGUGUUGACACACGACUCGAAGGGAGUGUAUACAGGACUUCCUACCUCAUUGAACGUCACCAGAUAUCACUCACUUGCUGGAACUCAUCUCACUCUUCCGGACUCUCUUGAGGUGUCUUCAUGGGCGAACAUAGAUGCUGGUCGAAACCCAAUUAUCAUGGGAUGCAGGCAUAAGGAAUAUGCCACGGAGGGUGUCCAAUUUCAUCCUGAAAGUAUCUUGACUGAACAUGGAAGAUCGAUGUUCCGAAACUUCUUGAAAUUGCGCGCCGGUACCUGGAAAGAGAAUGAAGCUUUUCUUUCCGCAGUUUCCACUGGUACCAAACCGGACAAAAAGACAUCCAUCCUGGACAAAAUUUACACACACCGAAAGGCGGCAGUUGCUGCUCAGAAAUUGAUACCGUCGCAAACCCCUGAAGAUCUCCAAGCUUCCUACAACCUCGACAUCUCGCCCCCGCAAAUAUCAUUCCCUGCCAGGUUGAGAAAAUCUCCGUAUAACUUAGCGCUUAUGGCCGAGAUAAAGCGAGCUUCCCCUUCAAAGGGAAUUAUCGCUGCUUCGGUUUGUGCACCCGCCCAGGCUAGGAAGUACGCUAUAGCUGGUGCAAGUGUCAUUUCAGUUUUGACAGAACCUGAAUGGUUUAAGGGUAGUCUUGAUGACUUGCGUGCCGUACGACAAAGUCUUGAAGGAUUUCCCAAUCGUCCCGCGGUCCUAAGAAAGGAGUUUAUUUUUGACGAGUAUCAAAUUCUUGAAGCGCGUCUUGCAGGUGCUGAUACAGUGUUGCUCAUUGUCAAGAUGCUUAGUAUCGAAUUAUUGACAAGGCUGUACAAGUAUUCGCAAAGUCUGGGAAUGGAGCCAUUGGUUGAAGUCAAUACCCCAGAAGAGAUGAAGAUUGCUGUUGAACUCGGCUCUAAAGUGAUUGGAGUGAACAAUCGUGACCUCACCAGCUUUGAAGUCGACUUGGGCACCACUAGCCGGUUGAUGGACCUAGUUCCAGAAACCACUAUUGUCUGUGCGUUGAGCGGUAUCUCAGGGCCUGCCGAUGUACAGGCGUAUAAGAAGGAUGGUGUGAAGGCGAUCCUGGUGGGAGAGGCAUUGAUGAGGGCGAAAAACACAGCGAACUUCGUUUCCGAAUUGCUUGGCGGAAACACAACCUCACAAACAUCCAAGAGUUUAUCACCUCUAGUCAAGAUCUGCGGUACAAGGACUCCAGAGGCAGCACGUGCCGCUAUCGAGGCCGGUGCCGAUUUGAUCGGGAUAAUUCAGGUUGAAGGUCGCAAAAGGCGAGUAUCCGAUGAAGUUGCUCUACAAAUAUCAAAGGUUGUCAAAACUACGCCUCGCCCAUCCAGCAACAAGAAUGUCAAUACGGAUGCCUCGAUAUAUUUCGAAUAUUCCGCGAAUCUGCUCCGCCAUCCUACUCGUGCGCUUCUUGUUGGAGUUUUUGCCGGUCAACCUCUGUCAUACAUCAUUGAACAACAACGCAAACUAGAACUUGACGUCGUCCAGCUACAUGGAGAUGAGCCUGUCGAAUGGGCUAGCCUAAUACCUGUUCCCGUCAUUCGGAAAUUCAGCCCAGGCGAGCUUAGUCUCGCACGUCAGGCUUACCAUACGCUUCCUUUACUUGAUUCUGGUGCUGGUGGCUCAGGAGAAUUAUUAGAUUUGUCAUCUGUGAUUAAAGACUUGGAGAACAACGAUGGGCUUCGUACUAUUCUCGCUGGUGGUCUCAACCCUGAGAACGUAGCGGAUGUGAUCAAAAGUCUAGGCAAUUCGGCUUCAAAAGUGGUUGGUGUUGAUGUGAGUAGCGGUGUUGAGACUAAUGGCGCUCAGGAUCUUGAGAAGAUUCGGGCUUUCAUCUCAGCUGCGAAGUCACUAAAGAUGUCUUGA